AUGUUUGGCAAGAAAAAGAAGGCUGAAACCUUUGACACGUCAUACGUCUCUGUAGUCGACGGUGUGAAGAAGAUUUAUGACGACAGAAUCAAGAAACUCGAGUCGGAUUAUAAAUUUGACUACUUGGUCUCGCCUCUUAUGAAACCAGCAGACUUUGAUGCAAAACCAAUGGUCUUAUUCCUUGGACAGUAUUCCACUGGUAAAACCACUUUUAUUAACUACUUGCUGAACUAUGACUAUCCGGGCUCUAAUAUUGGACCUGAACCUACUACAGACGGUUUUAUGGCAAUUAUGCACGGACCAAACUCAACAACAAUUCCUGGUAAUACUCUUUGUGUCCAAGCAGACAAGCCAUUCACUUCACUCAGCAAAUUUGGUAAUGACUUCAUGGCCAAAUUCAACGGGUCGUUCUGUAAUCUUCCUCUUUUGGAACAUUUGAGUUUCAUUGACUCCCCGGGUGUGCUUUCUGGUGAAAAGCAGAGAAUCGGAAGAUCGUACAGUUUCACAGAAGUUGUUCGAUGGUUUGCCGAGAGAGCUGAUAUGAUCAUUUUAGUCUUUGAUGCCCACAAAUUGGAUAUUUCUGAUGAGUUUAAGGCAACAAUUGAAGCUGUUAAGAAACACUCUGAGAAGAUGCGACUUGUGCUGAACAAGGCGGAUAUGAUUGAGUCGCAGCAGUUGAUGCGAGUGUAUGGUGCUUUGAUGUGGUCACUUGGGAAAGUGAUGCAAACCCCGGAGUGUCUUCGUGUGUAUGUAUCUUCAUUCUGGGAGCAGCCAUUCAAGGACACCAUGUUCACCUCACUCUUCGAGAAAGAAAGAGACGACUUGAUGAGAGAUUUGCACGCACUCCCAAAACAAGCCACCGUCAGAAAAGUCAACGAACUGUGUAAGAGAGCCCGGUUGGCUAAGGUUAAUGCUUAUAUAGUUUCGUACUUACGUGAACAAAUGCCAACUUUUGGGAAAGACAAGAAGAAGGCAGAGUUAGUCAAAAAUUUGAAUGAAGUAUUCAACAUAGUCAUGAAAAGGUACAAUUUGGUCGCUGGUGAUUUCCCACCAAUUGAUGUAUACAAGGAGAGACUCGAGAACGCAGACUUCGCCAAAUUCCCAAAAAUAGAUUUGAAGUUGAUUAACGAUGUUGAUGAUGCCUUGGGUACUCAGAUCCCAUUUUUGCUCAAGAAAUUCCCAAUGGAAGACAAUUUAUCAACUCACACCAAUCCAUUUGAACACGCAACUAAUUUUGAACAAGUCAUGGACGACCUGCAGGUCUCUGAAGAUGAGUUGGCGUCUUAUCAAAAGGAGUUCAGUAAGUUACCGAAAAACGAACUUGGGAAAGCACUUGGGAAAGACUGUUUUGCUCCGCUGAUGGCGACUGGCGCAGACAAAAAGGAGUUGCAGAAGAUAUGGACAAUUGCGGACUCUGGGAAAGAAGGAUGUCUCAACGAACACCAGUACGUCUUGGCCAAGACUCUUGUCAGAUGUCUCUUGCAGACAGGAAGCUACCCAGACAGCCUCCCUCCAGUUGAAUAA